AUGGUGUCUUUGGUAUCUAGUGCCGAGGCAGAACGUGAUGGUUCAAAUGAUUAUAGCAAUUAUCAACCUGACUCUCUGAAUACCACAGAUCAACUCAUCCAGGAUGUGAUGAAUAUUGACAGUGUUUUCCAUAUAGGAGAUAUCAUAUUCAAAUGGCUAUAUCUCACAGUGGGACCAAUUCACAGCAUAGGUGGAACCUAUGGCACCAACUGUGCCUUACAUGAUUGCAAGGUGUGUUUGUUUAUAAUUGGCAAUCACGAGCGUGAUUGGCCUGGGACAGGAUCCUUCUAUGAAACUACUCAUUCCGGUGGUGAAUGUGGCGUGCCAGCUGAGACCAUGUUCUACGUUCCUGCUGAGAAUAGAGCCAAGUUUUGUGGUAAAAGUUUACAUUUAUUUGCUAUUGGGACUGUGUUUUAUACUGAACAUGAUUGGAGAGAGGGAUCAGAGCAGCACAACUUUAUCGAACAUUGCCUUGCAUCAGCAGAAAGGCAAAAACAGCCUUGGUUAAUCUUUGCUGCUCAUAGGGUCCUUGGUUAUUCUUCUUACAAUUGGUAUGGACUAGAAGGUUCAUUUGAAGAGCCCAUGGGAAGUGUUAAGAAUCAAUGUGUGAACUCGGAAAGAUCACACUACUCUGGCAUUGUGAAUGGGACAAUACACGUUGUCGUUGGUGGAGGAGGGAGCCAUUUAUCAAAGUGCAGUCCGAUUACCAUUAGUUGGAGUCUGUACCGUGAUUAUGAUUUUGGUUUUGUCAAAUUGACAGCAUUUAACCACUCAUCCCUUCUUUUCGAAUACAAGAAGAGCAGCGAUGGAAAGGUGUAUGAUUCUUUCACUAGCUCAAGAGACUACAAAGAUGUCUUAGCCUCUGUGCAUGAUGGUUGUGAAAAAACCACUUUAGCAUAA